GGGAAGGAUUCCCUCUCAUGAUACUGGUAACCAGCAGCAUAGCUUGUUUGUUUGCAGGGAUUUAUCAUACAAUAGCCUAACUGGAUCUGUGCCUCAGUUUCUAUCAGAACUGCCUGCUUUGGAGAUUUUGAAUUUAACAAGCAACAAUCUCACAGGUUCUGUUCCCAAGGCUCUGAUGGAGAAGUCCUCCUUGUUAUUAAUUACGGAUGGCAAUCCCAAUCUCUGUCGGUCGGACACCUGCGAACAAGCAACAAAGAAGAAGAAGAAGAAUCAGAGCACUACUGCAAUAGUUGCAUCUGUUGUUUCCUCCAUUGUAUUUUUAAGUGCAAUAGCUAUCUUGUGGAGCUUAAAGAGGAGAAAACAUAAAGGUAAUAGUUUUUCUAUAUAUUCCUUCAUUCUGGUAUUUGGUUUACAUUCAAGAAAUUAUUUUCUCAAUUACCUAAAGUCUUACUUGUAUAAUUUGAUCUUUGCCCAUGAACGACUCCUAAAAGGCAAUGUGGGAGGCAAGACAUUGAAGUUGAAAAAUUGAAGAUUCUCAUACUCUGAGGUUGUGAGUAUUACAAAUAAUUUCGAAAGGGUAAUCGGGAAAGGAGGAUUCGGAACAGUUUAUCUUGGCUACUUGAAAGAUGGCACUGAAGUUGCUGUCAAAAUGCUCUCUCGAUCAUCAAGUCAGGGAUCCGAACAGUUCUGGACUGAG